CUUCAGUCUCUCUCAGACCUAAAAGGUCCCACCACUUCUUUUCAUCUCCUUCCUUCCUUCCACCCCCUCUCGGCUCCACCUCACCCUUUUGCUGUCUCCAUCCCGCCGGAAUCUCGCCUCCGAUCCGGCGGCAAGCACGCCGACGAAGCGCGCCCUCCAGUCCUCCCUGUGCCGCCCUAGAAGCUCGCCCGAGAGGGGUCUAGGGGGGCGAGGGAAUCGAUGGAGUCGAUCAUAGCGCGGGCGCUGGAGUACACGCUCAAGUACUGGCUAAAAUCCUUCUCCCGCGACCAGUUCAAGCUCAACGGCCGCACCGCGGAGCUCUCGAAUCUCGAUAUCAAUGGCGACGCGUUGCACGCCAGCCUGGGCCUGCCUCCGGCGCUCACCGUCGACACCGCGCGGGUUGGGAAGCUUCAGAUCACGCUGCCAUCAGUAUCGAAUGUGCAAGUGGAGCCAAUUGUGGUGAACAUUGAUAAGCUUGAUCUUGUCCUUGUAGAGAAGGAUGAGUCAGAAAAUCUUUCCAGCCCUAACAGCAAUGUGUCACCAGUAUCAUCAACUAAAAGCAGCGGAUAUGGAUAUGCUGAUAAGAUUGCAGAUGGAAUGACUGUACAAGUAGGUAUUGUGAACCUGCUAUUGGAAACACAUGGAGGUGCUCGCCGCCAAGGAGGUGCAACAUGGUCACCUCCAUUAGCAGCUAUCACAUUUCGUGAUCUUGUGCUGUACACGACUAACGAAAAAUGGCAGGUCGUAAAUCUGAAAGAAGCAAGGGAUUUUUCCAACAGCAAAGGGUUCAUUUAUGUUUUCAAGAAAUUGGAAUGGCAGUCACUUUCAAUUGAUCUGUUACCUCAUCCUGACAUGUUCGCCGAUGCACAAUUUAACUCUUCAAACAGCCAGGAUAACAAGCGAGAUGAUGAUGGUGCAAAGAGAAUGUUUUUUGGCGGUGAAAGGUUUUUGGAAGGAAUAUCUGGGGAGGCUAAUAUCACUCUCCAACGAACAGAACAGAACAAUCCACUUGGCCUUGAGGUUCAGCUGCAUAUUACUGAAGCUAUCUGUCCUGCUUUAAGUGAACCUGGUUUACGGGCUUUUCUUCGAUUCAUGACUGGGGUAUCUGUGUGCUUAAAUAGAGGAGAUUUAGACCCGAAGUCGCAACAGCAUGCAGAUGCAGCAGGAUCUUCUUUGGUAUCUUUCAUUGUAGAUCACAUAUUCCUCUGUAUUAAAGACACUGAGUUUCAGCUUGAACUUCUAAUGCAAUCAUUGUUCUUCUCACGGGCCAGCGUUUCAGAUGGAGAGAGUUCAAAAAACUUGUCGUGCAUAAAUGUUGGUGGGCUAUUUCUGAGGGACACAUUUUCUCGUCCUCCAUGUACGCUGAUACAACCCUCUAUGCAAGCUGCUAUACAAGAAUCCUUGCCUGUCCCUGACUUUGGUCAAAAUUUUUGUCCCCCGAUUUAUCCAUUUGGGAAUCAAUUCUUGGAAUUCUCGGCCGGAGUUCCUUUGUUUUCCCUUUACUGUCUUCAGAUCACUCCUUCUCCAUCACCUCCAAAGUUUGCUUCAAAAACUGUCAUCACAUGCCAGCCUCUUAUGGUAACCCUUCAGGAACAAUCCUGCUUAAGAAUUGCCUCAUUCUUAGCUGAUGGAGUUGUGCCCAAUCGUAGUGCCAUACUUCCUGAUUCCUCAAUCAACAGCCUGUCAUUUUCUCUUAAAGAGUUCGAUCUAUCUGUUCCAUUGGAUGCUGAAGAAAUCACAAGGUGCAGUGGAACUAAGACAGCUUGCCCCCAAUCAUCUUUUUCAGGAGCAAGACUUCAUAUAGAGGACCUACACUUCUGCCAGUCACCAUCAGCAAAGUGUACACUGCUUAACCUUGACAGAGAUCCAGCUUGCUUCCUUCUCUGGGAAUAUCAACCUGUUGAUGCCAGUCAGAGGAAGUGGGUUAGUCGAGCUUCUCAUUUAAGCCUCUCACUCGAAACCUCUAGUGCUUCAAAUGGACAGAGAGUAGUUAGGGAUUCCUCAGCAAAUUUGUGGAAAUGUAUUGAACUAGAUGAAUUUCGAUUUGAGGCAGCUAUGGUUACUGCAGAUGGUAGCCCUCUGUUGGAUGUGCCACCCCCGGAGGGUGUUGUGAGGAUUGGUGUUUCUUUCCAACAGUUCACGUCGAACACUUCAGUUGAGCAGUUGUUUUUUGUCUUAGGCCUCUAUAGUUACUUUGGACAGGUUGGAGAACGAAUUUCAAAGGUUAGCAAAGGUAACAGGUCUGUGAAGGAUAGUGAGCCCUCAGCUGACAACGUUGAUAAGAAACUGCCCAGUGAUACAGCUGUGAGCUUAACUAUGAACAGUCUCCAGCUCAAUUUCUUGGAACAUUUGUCAGCAGGAGACCUACAUAUGCCCUUAGUUCAGUUUGGUGGUGAGGAUCUGUACCUAAAAGUUUCUCAUCGCACUCUAGGUGGUGCCUUUGCAGUCACAACUAACUUGAUGUGGAGAACUGUCUCAGUGAACUGUUUGGAAGGAGAAAGUGCUACAAUCCAGGAGAAUAGCACUGCCGUGACUGGUGAACGUAACGUUGCGGUGUGCGAAAAUGGGCAUCCAAAGAUGAGAGCAGUGUUUUGGGUUGAUCACCGCAGCAAACACCAGGCUAAAAAUAGUCAGUUUAUUGACAUAAACAUCACUCAUGUAAUGCCUUAUGACAUGAGGGAUAUGGAGUGCCAUAGCUUGAAUGUAUCAGCUAAGGUAUCUGGGGUCCGACUCGGAGGUGGACUGAGUUAUACUGAGUCUUUACUGCACCGGUUUGGUAUUCUAGGACCUGAUGGUGGUCCAGGGGAAGGCCUCUUGAGAGGACUAAAUGACUUGUCUUCUGGUCCACUUGGGAAACUUUUCCGAUCAUCUCACAUCACUGACAAGGAAGAAGGAAGAUCCGAAGACAAUGACAGCAAUUCAAAGUUCGAUCUGGGGGUGCCAGAUGAUCUUGAUGUCUCAGUCCAGUUAAGGAACUGGUUGUUCGCACUUGAAGGGACAGAAGAAGUAGGAGAUUGGUCUUCCCCUCGUGGUGGUUAUCAUAUUAGUAGGGAAGAGAAAUGUUGGCAUACAACCUUCAGAAAUCUGCAUGUGUCGGGCAAAAGCAAUGACCGGCCUAACUUGGGAGGUGCAGAGAAGGUGUUGGACAAAAAGGCAUUCCCAGUGGAGCGUUUUACGGCUGGAAUUGAAGGUUUAGAGGCAAUAAAACCUCGUCUGAGAAGUCAACUCAUUGGAAAUGGAAUAUCAAAUAAUAAUCAAUCAGGCGAUGAAUUUAACAAUACAAGUGCUAUUGUUGACCAAGGUGUCGAUGUUGAAGCUACAAUGGUCAUUGGUGAAGACGAGAUUGAGGGUGCCAAGUGGACAAUGGACAAUGUCAAGUUUUCCGUUAAGGAACCGAUUGAGGCUGUUGCAACAAAAGAAGAGCUAGAGCACCUUGCCAUGAUUUGCAGAUCUGAAGCUGAUGCAAUGGGGAGGAUCACUGCUGGAUUUCUCCGUCUUCUUAAGCUUGAUAAGUCUCUUGGCCAGGGAACCAUAGAACAGCUGAGGAAUCUAGGAAGCGGAGGGAUGGACAAUAUUUUCUCACCUAAUAGACUCAGCAGGCAGAACAGUUUUGGCAGCACAGGCACUCCAAGGACCCCAAACUUUCAUUCGACCGCAUAUGGGGGGCCAAAAGACGCGCUGGAAGCAACAAUUACUUCACUACAAAGCGAAAUUUCAGAAUCCAAGGCCAGAUGUGUGUCCCUAGUCUCCCACUCAAGCAGUGCGGAAGAUCAGAAUCACACCGAGGACAUCAGGCAGCUGAAUGACAGGCUCGAAAACAUGCAGUCCUUGGUGACAAGACUGAGAACUUUGAUUUGAGUUUUACAUGUUUUUUUCCGUUGUGUACAGGUUGGCAGUCCAAAACUGGGAAGAGUAGCUAAUGCUGUUCUUACUCGCGAGUUAUUCUUUUGUGUACAUUCAUACAAUCCUUUGGGGGGUAUAAAGGUGGAGGGUGGAAUAAUGACUGGAACGGAUACGCAGCAGCAGAAAAUUUUGUAGCUGGAAGGAUGCAGUGUAGUACCUUUGUGAUAAAAAUAGCAAUUAGGAAGAGCGGGUCUGUUAUUUGUAUGUAUGAUAUGCACAAAAUCUUUAAGCACAUUAGUAGAUCUUUUUCACCUCCUAUUGGAGGUCUGUUAAAGUUCUUGGUGUUAUUCCUCGCCCAUAAAAAAGAGAAGGUUAUGGGAACAA